AUGUGCGAACCCCCGGAAGUUUUCAGCGUUGAGUACUUUUUCAACAAGGGGUUACUCCAAGCUCACGGCAAACAAACCUUCUUCUACACGGUAGGAGAUAAGGUGAAAGCGGAGGCUGAGGAGGCUGCGGAGGCUAUGCCAAGUGAAGAGGUCGAGGAGCUGAGAAAGGAUGUCCAGGAUGUGAGGAGAGAAAUGCAGGUGAUGAGGAAAGAAAUAGUGAAAGAACUUGGAGGGAUAAGGAAAGAAUUGAACGGGAACCGUGAAGAGGUGAAGACCCUGCGGGGAAAUAUUGCGGACCUGGCAGUGAAGUCCGCCAAACAGAACGAGCGGAUGACGGAGGCUGUGGAGCUUUAUUCUUUUUAUAUUGUAGAAAAUUCAACAAGCUCAUAUGUGAAUUUUGCGGAGAGUGAAUUUCAAUUCAAAGAUGGAAUGACUUUUGCAAAUGAAGAAGAAGCUUAUAAGGCAUACAAUGCAUAUGCAUUUACCAAAGGAUUUGGAAUCCGCAGAGGUAAAAAGUCUUACACUCGGAAAAAUGAGAUGCGUACAUAUGAGACAAUAGCCUCAUUUAUUUGGGUGUUCGAAACGUUCUUGGAGGCAAUGGGGAACAAGGCACCUAAAACAAUAUUCACGGAUCAAGAUAGUGCAAUGGCUAAUGCGGCAAAGUUUUUCCGAACAGCGUCCAUAGAUUCAAAAUUUAAGGGGAAGUUCAAUAAAAUUUUGUAUGAAGUUGAGAUGGAGAAUGAAAUGGAGCAGCUUUUGAGUGAUCUAUGUGAAGAAUGGAAUGUUGUUGAGAAUAAGUGGUUAAGUAAUUUGUACUUGCUACGUCAUAAAUGGUGCCCCGCAUUCAACCGUGAUAGUUUUUCAGCUGGUAUAAGAUCUACGCAGAGAAGUGAAAGCACGAACAAUGUUUUCAAACAUUUGUCUUGUAAGACAAUGACAUUAACAGAGUUUGUUAGUCAUUAUGAGAAGCAAGCAGAAAAGAUGCGUGACAAUCAAGCUGCCGAUGAUUUUGAAUGUGUUCGAGGGGUGCCAAGAAUUGGUGUAGAUUGUGGUAUUUUGAGGCAAGCGGCACAAGUGUACACUCAUAAGAUAUUCAAGAAAUUUCAAGCUGAGUAUUUUGAAGGCUUUUCAUGGCAUGUGAUAAGUUCGAAGCAUGAAGAUGGAGUAUACACUUACACCUUGAAGAAGGAAUUUGGUCAUUCCGAGCAUUCUGUGAGUUUUUAUUCCAGUAAUACUUCGAUCUCGUGCACAUGCAAGUUAUUUGAUUUAUUGGGAUGGUUAUGUUGUCAUGCAUUAACUAUAAUGAAUAAUCAUCUCAACGUGACUACUAUUCCUGCGCAAUACAUAUUGAAGAGGUGGACGAAUAGUGCAAGACAAGAAGUUCAUAAUAAUGACGGUGGUUGCUCCUUAGAUUUGACAAUGUCAAGAACUUAUCAUUUGAAAGAGUUGAUGCGCCAAUCUUUUGACAUCAUGAGCUUAAGUGUCCAUGAUGUUGAAACUGUCAAAAUUGCAAAAAAGAGACUCCAAGAGCUUGACGCCGAGAUCAGAAAUUAUGCAUCCCCCUUGUGUGCGAGUGAUAGGCAUACCUUGAGAAUUGAGGAUAAUGAUGUUCCUCAACACGGUUCAACUCAGAUUCUUGAUCCUCUCAAGAAAAAGUCAAAGGGAGUGACAAAUUCUCGAAUGAAGAGUGCCAUAGAGAAGCGAAAGAAGGGCAAAUCUUUGAAAGGAAAAAAACCCUUUCAACAAUUUCAUGGCAUAAAUCCCAUGAACCAAACACCGAUGUGGAGUACGAAUGUUCAUAUGAAUCCAGGCCACCAAAAUAUGGAUACAUCAUCAUAUAUGAUGCCUGUUCAAUCUGGUUAUGCCCAACCGAUGUCUUUUACCUCAUUAUUGACUCAGGACUAUCAAAGUGUGGCAAGUGUACCUCAAAUCAUGUUCCCCGGUGAUUGUCCCCCUUGA